AUGCGAUCUCCCCCAUGCCAGUCGUAUCCGCUCCAAAGAAGCAGGCGCUCGGCGAAGCAGAUGGCCGGCGCUACUCACCGGACGAGCAAGCCGGCGCAGCCACCGCACGCCGCGAGGCGACUAUCUCUGCGCCUGGCCACCCCCCUCGCGUCCCUGGCCCUCCUCCUAUUCGCCGCCGCCGGCGUGCUCCUCUACUCCAAAACCACCCCGGCAUCCCAACUCGUCACCCGCUCCAACGAAUCUGGCACCACCGCGUCGCCGGCGCUCUCCUCCCCGACGGUGGAGGCCAUAGGCGGCGCGCGCGCCAUCUGGGAGCUCCCCGCGGCGCCGGCCAGGGCGGUCCUCUUCGUCGCGCACGGCUGCCGCUGCCGCCCGGAGAACUUCUGGCCGCCGUCCCCGCGCUGCCCCGGGUGCGUCGGGCUGCCGGAGGACGUCGCCAUCACGGCCGGCGCGCUGCGGAGGGGGUUCGCGGUGCUGGCCGUGGCGAGCGCCGGGGAGUGCUGGUCGCUGGGGCGGGAGGUGGGCAGCGCCAAGCGGGCGAUCCAGUCCUGGACCGCCAAGAACGGCCUCGGAGACCUGCCGGUGGCCGCUCUCGGCGCGUCUUCCGGUGGGUACUUCGUCUCCCGGCUCGCGGCCGAGAUGAGCUUCGCCGCCGUCGUGAUUAUGAUCUCCGAGGGCGCGUUUGGGCCGGCGGGAGCGCCAACGGGUUAUCCGCCGGCCAUGUUCCUUCACAUGCCCAAGGACCGUAGGAGAGUCGCAUUGCUGGAGAGGAAUAUGAAGAUGCUGAGGAGCAGUGGCGUUGAGGUGAGGGAGCUCCGGAGCCUGGAGCUUCCUCUGACGCCGACUCUACUCUCCGAUAGAAUACCAGGGCUCGACCAUGGGUUGUCGGAAAGGAUUUGGAAGGUUUUCAGCGAGAAAGGGUUCAUUGAUGAGAGAGGGUACAUGAGGAAGGAUGGCCGAGCAACGCCAUGGAAGGAUGCAGUGGCGAAGAGGGGGUUCUGGGAGGAGGUUUCCCGGUGGGCUGAGCACAUCCAGGAGGAGCUGAAUCUUGCUUAUGGAUACCAUGAGAUGACUAGCUUGCAAGCCGACGAGAUGUUCAAUUGGAUUGAGGAGCACCUGACCUGAGCUUUAUGGCUGAUACUUGAUUAACUGCCCGGC